AUGUCUGUCCCUGCCGCUGGGGCGACUCGACUGCUCCUCCUCUUGCUGGUGGCGGCAGCAGCGCCCAGCCGGGCGCGGGGUAGUGGCUGCCGGUCCGGAGCCGCUGUGCGGGGAGUGGGGGUGGAAGGUCGAGAAAGCGAGGGCUGCGGCACCGUGGGGCUGCUACUGGAGCACUCAUUUGAGAUCGAUGACAGUGCCCACUUCCGGAAGCGGGGCUCGCUGCUCUGGAACCAGCAAGACGGCACCUUGUCUUUAUCGCAGCGGCAGCUCAACGAGGAGGAGCGGGGCCGGCUCCGGGACGUGGCAGCGCUGAACGGCCUGUACCGUGUCCGGGUCCCGCGGCGGCCUGGGGCCCCUGAUGGCCCAGAAGCCGGAGGCUACGUCUCCUCCUUUGUCCCUGCGUGCUCCCUGGUAGAGUCUCACCUCUCGGACCAGCUGACCCUGCACGUGGAUGUGGCCGGCAACGUGGUGGGCGUGUCGGUGGUGACGUACCCUGGGGGCUGCCGGGGCCACGAGGUGGAGGACGUGGACCUGGAGCUGUUCAACACUUCUGUGCAGCUGCAGCCGCCAGUCACUGCGCCCGGGCCUGAGACAGCAGCUUUCAUUGAGCGCCUGGAGAUGGAGCAGGCCCAGAAGGCCAAGAACCCCCAGGAGCAGAAGUCCUUCUUCGCUAAAUAUUGGAUGUACAUCGUCCCAGUCGUCCUCUUCCUCAUGAUGUCGGGAGCACCAGACGCGGGGGGCCAGGGCGGCGGCGGAGGUGGUGGUGGCGGAGGCAGUGGCCGGUGA